CAAAACCAAAGAGGGAAAAGUCAGCAGCAGCAUUCAGCAAAUCAAAAACACUCUCAAAUCCUCUCUCUCUCCUUUUCGCCACGGACACUCAACAAACAAACAGAUCAACGUUUCAAAUCCGCAUUCCGACACACACACUCUCUCUCUAAUGUACCAGCUCCGCAUUUAGCGUGAUCCAAUGUCACCGUCACAAGCAACACCAGACUCGCCCUGGGACUGCAUGCUACCAGGCCCGCCGUCCCGGAGCAAUUUCAAUUCCAUCGACCUUUCUCCUUCCGGCCUCUUAGCUUUCCCCUCCGGCUCUUCCAUUUCCGUCGUUGAUUCCCGUUCUCUUCAGCUCAUUUCCACCAUCCCUCUCCCUCCGCCGCCUAAUAACUCCCUUUCUCCUUUCAUCACCUCCGUCCGCUGGACUCCGCUUCCUCUUCCUCGUGACCUCCUCUCCACCUCCGCUGAUGAAUCUUCUCUCCAUUCCUCUUCCUCCUCUCACCUCAUCCUCGCCGCUGCUGACCGCCACGGCCGCAUCGCUCUCAUUGAUUUCCGCCUCAAAUCCGUCCUCCUCUGGCUCGACAAUCAGAAUAGUUCGUCCAAGUCGGGAAUUCAAGACCUCUGCUGGAUCCUCUCCCGACCUGACUCCUACAUUCUCGCCGCGAUUUCAGGUCCUUCGUUGCUCUCUCUUUACUCUACAGCUACGACUACUGCAACAAGCUCCUCCAAAUGCUUUUUCAAAUACGACGCGUCGCCUGAGUUUCUCUCUUGCAUUCGUCGCGAUCCGUUUGAUUCGCGUCAUUUUUGCGUUAUCGGUUUGAAAGGCUUUCUAGUAUCCAUUAAAGUACUCGGAGAAACCGAAGAUGAUGUCGUUAUUAAAGAGCUUAGUAUUAAAACUGAUUUUAGUGAAUUCUCUCGGUUAGAGAAGGAUAAUACGACGUCGGCUGAUGCUGGAUCUUCUCCUGCUUCUGCGGUUUUCCCGUUGCACAGUGUGAAAUUAGCAUUUUCGCCGCAGUGGAGACAUAUCGUGUUCGUGACCUUUCCUAGAGAGUUAGUUGUUUUUGAUUUGCAGUAUGAAACGGCGCUGUUUAGUACAACUUUACCUAGAGGCUGCGCUAAGUUCUUGGAUGUGUUGCCUGAUCCUUGCAAUGACUUGCUUUAUUGUACUCAUCUUGAUGGGAAGCUCAGUAUCUGGCGCCGUAAAGAUGGAGAGCAGUUGCAUAUAAUGUGUGCAAUGGAGGAGUUAAUGCCUUCAAUCGGCACACCUAUGCCUCCUCCGUCGGUUCUAGCUGUGGCCAUUUCCCAAUCGGAGUCCACUCUCCAGACGGUUGCUAAGAUGUACUCCGAUGUACCUAAUACUCCUUCAGCUGACAUUAAGGAUUUGGACAAUCCUUUCGACUUCUUCGAUGAUACUCUUCUUCUUUCUAAGACGCAUUUGAUAUCCAUUUCGGAUGAUGGAAAAGUAUGGAACUGGCUUUUGACUGUUGAAGGGACGGGUGACACUGAUAAGAGAAGUGUUAGAGACUUGGCUGUGGCUUCUAUUGCCAAUGAAAUGCCUCUUUUAGGGGCCAAUGGUGAUGGUCUUGCUCCAGAAGCAGGAAAGCAACUAGAUAUUCCAAGUGGCAGUAAAACCCGCCCUUCAUCUAUUCUCAGCCAGGCUAGCAUCUCAUAUAAGAUCAGCCUAGUUGGACAGCUGCAGCUUCUUUCUUCAACAGUAACAAUGUUGGCUGUGCCUUCUCCCUCUUUGACUGCUACUUUGGCUCGUGGAGGAAACCUUCCUGCUGCAGCUGUUCCCCUGGUUGCUUUGGGAACUCAGAAUGGAACAGUGGACAUCGUGGAUGUUUCUGCCAAUGCUGUUGCCACAAGUUUCUCAGUUCAUAAUGGUACAGUUAGGGGAUUACGGUGGCUUGGAAAUUCUAGACUAGUUUCAUUUUCUUACACUCAGGUGAAUGAAAAAACUGGAGGUUAUAUUAAUAGGCUCGUGGUAACCUGUGUUCGAAGCGGCCUUAAAAAACCAUUUCGGGUUUUACAAAAGCCAGAACGUGCACCCAUUAGAGCUUUACGGACUUCUUCGUCUGGAAGGUAUCUUCUUAUUUUGUUUCGUGAUGCGCCUGUGGAGGUUUGGGCAAUGACAAAGAGUCCUAUUAUGCUUAGAUCAUUAGCUCUUCCAUUCACGGUAUUGGAAUGGACUCUGCCAACAGUUCCCCGGACAGUUCAAAAUGGUCCAUCUAGGCAAUUUUCAUGGUCAUCUAAAGAUCAACAACCGGCAGCACCAGAUGGAGCAUCUCCCCCAAAAGCAUCUGCAUCUGAAUUGACAGCAGCAAGCUCAGAUGCUUCUCAGGAUGAUGUAGCAGAAAGUUUUGCAUUUGCACUUGUAAAUGGCGCACUGGGAGUUUUUGAGGUUCAUGGAAGGAGGAUUCGUGAUUUCAGACCAAAAUGGCCUUCUUCUUCAUUUGUUUCAUCUGAUGGACUGAUUACAGCCAUGGCUUACCGAUUGCCUCAUGUCGUUAUGGGUGACAGGUCCGGGAACAUACGCUGGUGGGAUGUGACAACUGGACAUUCUUCAUCAUUUAACACUCACAGAGACGGAAUCCGGAGAAUCAAAUUUUCACCUGUUGUUCCUGGAGAUCGUAGUCGAGGGCGUGUUGCAGUGCUUUUUUAUGAUAAUACCUUUUCCGUAUUUGAUCUUGACAGUCAGGAUCCAUUAGCCAAUUCGCUUUUGCAACCUCAAUUUCCUGGAACUCUUGUAUUGGAGCUUGAUUGGUUGCCUGUGCGGACAGACAAAAAUGACCCUUUGAUAUUAUGCAUUGCUGGAGCUGAUAGUAGCUUCCGCCUCGUUGAAGUUAAUUUAAACGAUAAAAAACUUGCCUAUGGAGUGCAACCUCGAGCUAUUAAAGAAAGAUUUAGGCCUAUGCCGAUAUGCUCUCCUAUACUGUUCCCCACACCACAUGCCCUGGCGCUGAGGAUGAUCUUGCAAUUGGGUGUCAAGCCAUCUUGGUUUAACACUUGUGGUACAAGUAUUGAUAAGAGGCCUCACUCAAUCCCUGGGACUGCUUUACCUGCAUCAGAUCUUCGCAGUUACAUGGUUGAUUUACCUCAUAUUGGUGACACUGUAGUGCCAGAAAUGCUGCUUAAAGUAUUAGAGCCUUACCGAAAAGAAGGUUGCAUACUUGAUGAUGAAAGGGCAAGAUUGUAUGCCUCCAUAGUUAAUAAAGGUUGUGCUGUGAGGUUUGCCUUUGCAGCUGCCCUUUUUGGUGAAACAUCAGAAACAAUUUUCUGGUUGCAGUUACCGCAUGCACUGAAACAUUUGAUGAAUAAGUUGGCAAAUAAGUCUCCACAGAAAGGGCCUAUCUCAGCUUCAAUCCCAGACCUUGAUGACACAGCUAUGCUGACUCGAAUUGCAUCGAAGGGGAAAUCAUCGACUAGUAAAGAAAAGCAGGAUUUAUUGCAGCAUAAAGGUCCAUUUAGGUCGAUGGCUUUCAAGCAAGAAGAGUUGUGGGAUAAUGCUAAUGAGCGAAUUCCUUGGCAUGAGAAGUUGGACGGAGAGGAGGCUAUUCAGAAUCAUGUGCACGAGCUAGUGUCAGUUGGAAAUUUAGAAGCAGCGGUUAGUUUGUUGCUUUCUACGUCUCCAGAUAGUUCAUAUUUCUAUGUAAAUGCUUUACGUGCAGUCGCUCUUUCUUCCGCUGUCUCAAGGUCUCUUCAUGAGCUUGCAGUUAAGGUUGUUGCAGCUAAUAUGGUUAGGACUGACCGAUCACUAUCUGGCACUCAUCUUCUUUGUGCGGUUGGAAGACAUCAGGAAGCUUGUUCUCAGCUACAAGAUGCUGGAUGUUGGACUGAUGCUGCAACUUUAGCUGCUACACACUUGAAGGGAUCUGAUUAUGCAAGGGUUUUGCAAAGGUGGGCUGAACAUGUGCUUCGUGCUGAACAUAAUAUCUGGAGGGCUCUUAUUUUGUUUGUUGCGGCCGGUGCAAUGCAAGAGGCCCUAGCAGCUCUCCGUGAAACACAGCAUUUAGAUACAGCUGCCAUGUUCAUACUUGCUUGCCGCGAAAUCCAUGAAGAAAUUGUCAGUAAUUUAGGGAAUUCAGAUGAUGAAUCAGGGAAAGCCAAGGACAUUCUAUGUAAUUUACCUGGUUUGAACCCGGAGAGUGAAGAUGUCAUUGCAGUUGGUGAAUAUUUUGGGCAGUACCAAAGGAAAUUGGUGCAUCUAUGCAUGGAUUCACAGCCGUUCUCUGACUAAUUGACCGACCGAGAACACCGCGAGGAGUACUUGUAAUUUUGUUACUUGGAAGUUGCUUAGUGAUGGAUGUUUACCCAAAAGCAAAUUUGUGGGCAGCUGAAGAAACUGCAUUUAAACUACACUACGGUGAGGCAGAUUCACUGAAAAUUCGGCCUUGUACCCAGCUGGGUUAAACCGGAAGAAGAGCUAAAAAAGACACUGGCAGAGAUUUUAAUAUGGUUGAAUCAACUCGGACAGAUUGGUUUGUGGAAGUGUUUGUUAUAGUGAAUUGGUUUGAAAAGGUUUUAUAGUUGGCUGUUGUAAAUCACGUCAAAACUAUUAUCCGUACCAUACGACAUAGCGUAUACAGUAUUAUCAUUAAUUCUUUACUUCCCUUUUGUAUUUGUGGGAUCAUACUUUUUGUUGGAAGGAGGUAAGUUGAUAUUGUUAAAGAAGGGAAGUCCAUGUAAGCAAUAACGAAUCAUUUUCAAGUCUUUUCUUUUAGUCAUUUUUUAUAGAGCAUAUAUGUUGAUUUUUGUGUUUA